AUGUGUUCCUUCCGCGCAUUGGUGAGUAUUGCGGCAGUGGCACUCGCAGAGGGGCAUGGCCAGCUGACGGUGCCUUUGGUUCGAGGAGACUCAGUGGGCCGCCGGGAAAGCCAUGAACAAAGGGCCCCUGUCUACACGUUGGAUGGCAAUCGGGGAGGCUACUCUCCCACAAGCAUGCGAUGCCACGAUUUCAACCCAGAUUCAGACGGACCGCAGACAACUCUGCAAGCCGGGUCCACCUUUGAUGUGACCUGGACCAUGGAGGCCGGACACCCCGGUGACUGCUACUUCUAUGUGAGUUACGACCCAGAUCCGAGCAAUGCGGUCAACUUCUUCAAGAUUGCUGCAAUCCCAGGGUGUGGCGCACCAGAUGGCCUGAACAUCCCGUCCUCUGUCAGCACUUCAGUUCUCCUUCCCCCAGAGCUGCCGGCCUGUGAGCACUGCGUGCUUCGUUGGGAAUGGACGGGACAUCAGCAGGUGGUGAACAUCGAAUUCUAUGUGCAGUGUGCGGACAUCAAGAUCGCCAGCAGUGCUCAGCCUGUGCUGCCUUCACCAGUGACGCCGAUCUCGGGCAUCGAGCACCUGCCACAGGGUGCUGAUGGCUACCGCAAGGUAUACAACGGUCAGGGCCCGGAAGAGCAGUACCUCGUAGGCCCUGCUAUAGCGACCUACAGUUCCUGCGACGCGAACACGCCGGGUUGCCUCGGCCUGGGGGUAGCUGCGAUUAGCACCUCGAACGCAGCAGCGACUCCGACUCCGACCACAGCAACGACGGACAGCCCCACAGAGUCCGGAAGCGUUGUGCCUGGAGCUGACAGUGACAACUCUGGGGCUGACAGUUGCCCUUUGGAGGGGUUCGGGCUGCCGUCCUUCGUCUCCCAGUGCUACUGCGGCUUCGUGGGCUCCGACGGUGCAGGUUGCGGGCCAGAUGAUGGGACGGCCUGUUGGUGCAAGUGCUGCUGCCAUCAUGCGGCUAGUGGCAGCUGCCGCUACCGCAUGACAGAGAUGGAAGAGCUACACUCGUCGCAUGCCGUCGGAUCUCUCAUGGGUGCAAUGAGCAUGGGGUCCAUGUUGACUGUCCUCCUGGCUUGA